AUGGCGCCAACUCAGCUCGAUGGCGGACGCACCGGGCGCCCUAGUAUCAAACAAAUCAAGCGCAUGCCCAAGAAGCACAAAAACCUCUACCAUACCUACGAGAAAAAGCUCCGUAUAAUCAACUGGCGCAAAGAACAUUCCAUGGAGUCCGCCAUCGACACAUUCUUCCCCGGUGUCGCUGGAGCCAAGCGCACUACAGUCUGGAAGCAGAUCCUGCGCUGGGAAUCACAACGGGACCACAUCACAACGGCUUGUUCCAAGGCUCGAACGCGGGACAUGCGUACACUGCGCAAGCAAGGCACAUCUACGACGCUAUUUAAAAAAGGCGCCAAAUCAGAAAAACCACUUGGCACUCCGCCGUCAGUGCGAUUUGAAGCAUUUUCAUGA